AUGGACCGGAAUACCCAGAGGAAGGCUCCUGCCCUCAGUACCAGACGCGAUGCAGAGACUGAAGAGGACAGGAAGGGUGUGGAACUGGAGUCGGCCUGGCCAUGCACUCAAGCCGGGCGCUGGGCUAGGCGGGGCCGGCAGCGGGGCCCCGGCUGGGGCCCGGGAGGAACGCAGCAGGGAGGCACCGAGCCGGCCCCGUUAGCCCGGGCACCUGGCCUGGCUACCCGUCAGACGCCCAUCGACCACCUGCCUCCGCCUGCCAACUCCAACAAGCCACUGACGCCGUUCAGCAUCGAGGACAUCCUCAACAAGCCGUCUGUGCGGAGAAGUUACUCGCUGUGCGGGGCGGCGCACCUGCUGGCCGCCGCGGACAAGCACGCGCCGGGCGGCUUGCCCCUGGCGGGCCGAGCGCUGCUCUCGCAGACCUCGCCGCUGUGCGCGCUGGAGGAGCUCGCCAGCAAGACGUUUAAGGGGCUGGAGGUCAGCGUUCUGCAGGCAGCCGAAGGCCGCGACGGGAUGACCAUCUUUGGGCAGCGGCAGACCCCUAAGAAGCGGCGAAAGUCUCGCACGGCCUUCACCAACCACCAGAUCUAUGAAUUGGAAAAGCGCUUUCUAUACCAGAAGUACCUGUCCCCCGCCGAUCGCGACCAAAUCGCGCAGCAGCUGGGCCUCACCAACGCGCAAGUCAUCACCUGGUUCCAGAAUCGGCGCGCUAAACUCAAGCGGGACCUGGAGGAGAUGAAGGCCGACGUAGAGUCCGCCAAGAAACUGGGCCCUAGCGGGCAGAUGGACAUCGUGGCGCUGGCCGAACUCGAGCAGAACUCGGAGGCCACAGCCGGCGGUGGCGGCGGCUGCGGCAGGGCCAAGUCGAGGCCCGGCUCUCCAGUCCUCUCCCCAGGCGCCCCGCAGGCCCCGGGCGCUGGCCCCCUGCAGCUCUCGCCUGCCUCUCCGCUCACGGACCAGCCGGCCAGCAGCCAGGACUGCUCGGAGGACGAGGAAGACGAAGAGAUCGACGUGGACGAUUGAGCGGCACCCCGGGUCUUCUGCCACCCUGGGCUUCUAGCUCUCGAAAGCCCAACACCUCCCGGACCGGACGCUGAGGGGAGCUGGGACCUCCUCUGCCAACUCCCGCCUCCUCUCCUGUUCCCGGCCCCGGACUCGGCUCCUGGCAGCCGCCUCUUCCCUCUCGAAGCAAUAAACCCAGGCUGGCCGGCCGGGCCGGCCGCCGCCAGCGGCCUCCGCCGCCCCGGAAGCCCUCGCCGUGCAAUUCUGUAUGGCUUCUAUAUAAAUAUUUAAACCUAUAUAGCGGGUUCUUCCCA